AUGGUGGGAGCCUUCUGCGUACUGCUGGCGAGCCUUGCUGUUGCUGGCGCGGACACCUGCGAGACGGAUGAUGCAAGCAUGCUGAUGUGGCUCGUCUGCAAGAUCCCGAAGCUCUCGGACAGGGCUUGCUUUGGCCGCGCCGUGCUGUGCAGGACGCAAAGCCUCGCUCCCGGGCCCAGCCUGUCCGACUCGAGCGCCAGGCCGGUGUACGGGUUUUGCAAAUUGGGACCCGGGCCCUUUUUUGGUGUCAAAGGAAGCAAUUCCCUGGCUGAGCCCCCUUGCUUCGACUGCCACAUCGCGGAUCCACCGCUUCCCCGACAACCCUCGGCCCUUGUGGCGCGGACCUGUUCCGUGGCUUUCGCUUUGCAGCAUGCGGGCACCGGAGUCUUUGUCAUGCUGCCAUUGGAUCUUUUCGACGAGGCCUUCCACUUGAAGAACCCGGAGCAGCUAAAGCGCUGGUUCGCCCAACUCGCCGAGGCGCAAGUCACAGGACUGAUGGUGGAUUGUUGGUGGGGUCUGACAGAGCCAGCACCCGGGCAAUACGAUUUUACAGGCUACAGGGAGCUGGUGGACUUGGUCAAGGAGUUCGGAUUCAAGCUGCAAGUCGUCACAUCUUUUCAUGCCCAAGGCACCAGCAUCCCAUUGCCAUCCUGGCUCCUAUCAACUCGAGACGUUUGGUACAAAGAUGCCAGUGGCUCGGAAACCUUCGCCUACAUUUCUUUGUGGGCUGAUCACGUGGAGAUUCAUGGCCGGACUCCGGUUGAGAUGUACAGAGACUGGAUGCAGCACUUCCGCGCCUUCUUUGCAAGAGAUCUGGGAGCGACCAUCACCGAGAUGAUGAUUGGCCUCGGCACGGACGGUGAGCUGAAAUACCCUUCUUACGAGAAUGGCCCUUGGCAGUAUCCGGGCAUUGGGGAGUUCCAAUGCUUCGACGCGCACGCUCUGGAAUCGCUUAAGGAAUCUGCAAAGAGAGCAGGACGGCCGCCGGACUGGGGUCAACCCCCACCGCCGAGUGAUACUGGGAACUACAACAGCGCUUGGAACAAUACACGCUUCUUUACGGAAGGCUACAGGACAGCACGAGGACGAUUUUUCCUCGACUGGUACGCCGAGUCUUUGGAGAGACAUGCCAAGACUGUUCUACGAGCAGCUCGCGGCGUAUUUCGUCAUGCAGUGGAUCUCUCCGCCAAAGUUGCAGGCGUUCACUGGAUGUACAAAACACCAUCUCACGCGGCCGAGCUGACAGCUGGCUACUACAACGCGAACAACAAUCAGCCGUAUUUUCGCCUUGCUCGACUAUUCAAGAGCUUCGACGUGUACUUUGACUUCACCUGCAUGGAGAUGACAGACGCCUCCCAACCAACCGAUGCAUUCUCCGGGCCACAAGAGCUCGUUUUUCAGGUUAUUGCAGCCACCCGCGCAGCCAAAGCUUCACUCACGGGAGAGAAUGCACUGGACGUGACGGAUAUGGCUGGCUACAACCAGAUGCUGGUGUGGAAGCCUGCUCUCAAGUCGUUGACAUACCUACGGCUCGGCUCACAGAUGAUGGAGAAGGCGAACUUCAAGCUCUUCGACGCCUUCACCGAGGGUAUGCAAGCCAAAGGGUUUACCACACCUUUCUCACUGACGCGGAACCUCCGCGGCACAGCAGGUCAUUGGGCCGAGCCAGGUUUGAGCCACUUCGGUGUGAGCAAGGUCUUCACCAGUGCCUUUCAGGCGCUUCCUUCGCCAGCCGUGGAAAUGAACAGGGGGCAGACUGGGACUGUCCCAAGCUGGAACGGCGGUAAGGGAGUUGCAGAGCAGCCCUUGAAAAAGACGAUUUGCAAGUUUUGGCUGGAGGGCCAGUGCUCUCGCGGUGAGACUUGCACAUGGGCACACGGUGAGGAGGACCGCGCUUCGGUUGAGCGCUGCUUCUUUGCAGCGGACCACUGGUACUCGACCGGUACUGUUUCGGCUCCGCUGAUCUCUUUGAAGGCUCAGCGUGAUGCCCUGCGUGCGCUGCGAGGCGUGGCCAGGUGGGGGCCGAAGAGGGAGCUGGUGCGGGCUGGGCAGUCCGCCCCGUCUGCCCGCUCACAGAAGGCACGUCUGCGACACUUGCGGCGCCUCACGCAGCGGAAGCCUGGUCACCAGCGGGCCUUUCUAGAGUUGGCGGAGCUGCUGCAGCGUCGGCUUCGACAUACCCAGAGUGACGCGUGGCGCGGCGAAGCUGCUGCUGCUUGCAAGAGACACCUGGAGAUUGCAGAAGAACGGCGUUUGCGAAGACCAGGGCUCACAGAGAGAAGCCUCCGCAUCGACCUGGCCAAGCAUCUGCUUGCCGUCAUACAGCGAAGAACCCCCGCUGAAAUCGCGUCAUCCUACGUCGUAAGCCUCUUUGACCACUAUGCCGCCAGCUUUGAUGCAAGCUUGGAGUCACUGGGCUACCAAGUUCCCCAGCUGCUCGUGCAGGCAAUUCGGUGGAGCCAGGAAGAUCGGGAGCCUGCAGGGCUGCGGCGCAUGCUCGAUCUUGGGGCAGGCACUGGCUUGCUCGGAGAGCAGCUGCGGGACCUCUCCCCUCGAGCACACCUCGUGGCAGUAGACCUGUCAGCCCAGAUGCUGCAGAAGGCACAGGCAAAAGGAUGCUACGACGAGCUGCACUGCUCGGAGAUAACUCACUACUUGAUGGCCUGUGAAGGGUCUGACCCUUUCGAUCUGGUUGCUGCUGCAGACGUCUUCGGCUAUGUUACCGACCUCUCCGCGGUCUUUCGCCUCGUUCUGCAGAAUCUCAGCCCAGAGAGAGGCCUCUUCGUUUUCUCAACGGAGGAACCGGCAGAUGAGUGUCCGGGCUACCAGCUGGAGGACCGCAUGGAAACGCUGCCAGAGCAGAGCCCUCCAGCUUUUAAGGGAGGCAUGAAGGUACUUCCGCCAUGGAAGGGCGGAGCACUGGUGCAGACAACAGAGGUUGCCAAUGUACGUAGAAGCAUCUGCAAGUUCUGGGAGCAAGGCAAGUGCAGCCAGGAGGCUGGCCAGUGCACCUGGGCCCAUGGAGAGUGGGAAAUCGGGACCUUGCCAGGCAGAGACGGGAAGCUGAGAGGCUCCAACUUCCAGGCUGCGAAGCGCCCGCGCCUUUUCUGA